AUGUUCCAGGCUGCGACUAAGAGCGGCGUCCACGACGAGGAAUCGGAGGCGCUUCCGCCAGAAACUAUCGAGAUGGAGUCGGUCCAGCGCUGUCUGUCGGAGCUGGAGGCGCUGGUGCUGCGGCUGACAGCUCUGGAGGACAUGGUAGCCGCCCGACAGGCGGCGCCACCGCCUGACGGCCAGCCGAGCCGCCUUGCCGAUCCCCCAGCCGAGCCGAACCGCCUCCCUGACUCACCGCCCGAGCCGCGCCCCGACAAGGGGAACGCUGCGGGCGGCGACGGGCCGAUCUCGCUCGGCUCGGACGCAGAGAGCGCCGCCUCAGACAUGCCGGAGCUCGAGAGCUGGCCGUCGUCCGACAGUCUAGACGCGACCACCGAGCUGGGCCCGAAGCCUGCCAGCCGGACGGAGGAGCGGCCGGACACCUGUGCCGACUCUGAGGCUCUGACGGUCUCCGGGAGUCCGGAGGACAACCCGGAGCCGGAGCGGCGACAGCUGGACCCUGCGCGACUCUCGCCACCCGGCCGGGACAGCGCCGACUCGGGCCGGGGACGUUCCAGUGAGCUGGACUCUGAGCUGCGGCGGACGCCGGCCGUCAGUCCCGGGGCGGACAGCACGGACACGGGCGACCGGCCAGUGUCCGCGGACAACACCGGGCACACGGACAGCCUGGUAGAGGAUGUGGCAGGCCUGCGGAAACGGCUGGAGGAACUGCGGUGGCGACGCAUCUUUCCAUCGAAGACGAUGAGCGGCGCGGCCGGGGAGCCGGGACGUUCCCCGGACUCUGGUGAGCUGGAGCUGAGUGUGGUCGGCGACGAGCCGAUUCUGCCGGAGCCGCGGACAGACGUCCGAACUGAGGAGUACACGGACGAACUGGGCCGCCGCGUGGUGGUGACCACCACGGUCCGCACCACCUACGAGCGAGCUGAGGAUGACGACGAGGGUAACGCCGUGAUCCUGGAGCGGGUGCACCGCCGAGUGCAGCGGGUGGUCUAUGUGGACGGCGAGCCCCAGGAGGUGGCGGAAGAGGAGGGUGGCCAGGGGCCGGCUGUCGAGUACGUCCCCGAGGACUUUGAGCUGCCGGAGCCGACUGAAACGGUCACCGAGGAGGAGUAUGAGGACGACCAGGGCCGGAGGGUGGUAGUGAGGACAACGCUGAGGACCACCUUCGAGGAGACGACGGACGAGGACGGAUGUGUUGUGAUCCUUGAAAAGCAGCAGAAGAGGAUACACAGACGCAUCUACGAGGGCGAUGAGCUGGUGGAGGAGGUGGAGGACGGCGACUCCCAGCCGGACGUCGAGGGCUCCGCCGGACCAGAGGUGCCUCCGCCCAGUGAACGCGUGGAGGUGAAGGAGAUUGUGGACGAACUGGGGAGGCGAGUCGAGGUGCGCACGGUAUACUUGACUACUUACGAGCAGACCACGGACACCGACGGUACUGUGGUCCUGCUGGAGAAGGUGGAUACGCGAACCCUCCACACAGUCCUAGAUCAUGGUGACGGGGCAACGCAGGAAACGAGUGUAGAACAUCCCACCCACAGUGAAACGAAGGAACAGGAGAUGUUGGAAGAUCAUCCUACCCAACAGGAGUCGCAUUCCGCCACCCGAUACGUUUCAGAAGUAUUUGAAUUGCCUCCGCCUCAGACUCGAGAACAAAUUGAGGAAUAUAUCGACGAUGAAGGCCGCCGGGUUGUGCUGAAAGUUGUGACGACCACCUCUUACCAGUUUCAGGACGAUGACCCCAGUUCGGCGACCAUCAUCGAGCUGGUGGUGAGGCGAGUGACUCGCACUGUAUACGUGAACGACGUGGUGGUGGAAUUUGUGGAGGAGGAUCCUUCCGAGCCGGAACGACGCGUGGUUCCUGCCGUCAGCGGGCCGGCUCAGGGGCGGGUGUCUCCAACUACUGGCGAGAACGAACAAAGUGUCGAAAAUGGUGCCGAACAAACCCAGAUCAUGUUCCUUGACCUUGGUGAAGGGACAACGCAGGAAACGAAUGUAGAACAUCCUGCCCAUAGUGAUGCGACAAAACAGGAAAUGUCGGUAGAACAUCCUUCCCAGCCAGCGACCCAGUACGUUUCAGAAAUAUUGGAAUUGCCUCCGCCUCAUACUCGAGAAGAAAUUGAGGAAUAUAUCGACGAUGAAGGCCGCCGGGUCGUGCUGAAAGUUGUGACGACCACCUCUUACCAGUUUCAGGACGAUGACCCCAGUUCGGCGACCAUCAUCGAGCUGGUGGUGAGGCGAGUGACUCGCACUGUAUACGUGAACGACGUGGUGGUGGAACUUGUGGAGGAGGAUCCUUCCGAGCCGGAACGACGCGAGCUUCCUGCUGUCAGCGGGCUGGCUCAGGAGCGGGUGUCUCCAACUGCUGGCGAGAAUGAACGAAGUGUCGAAAAUGGUGCAGAACAAACCCAGAUUUCUGGUGAAACUCAGCCAUCAGUGGCGGGUGAGCCUGGGAGUGUGGCAGGGAAGCCUGACCCGAUCGAGCUGCCUCCGCUGGAACGGCCAGAUAGUCCUUCGGACACCACGUUGGCCCUCCAGCGGCUGGUCCACUGGCAGACGCCCUCUGUGGACACCCUCUUUACCGCCUCCCCUGCAGACACCUCUCCAGGCAAGACCGACACUGUGCGGCUACCGGAGUCGACAGAGGCCUGGCCGCGCUCCGACCGGUCACCACCGUCGGCGCUGGCGGCAGGGGCGGAGCCGUCGCCGGCAGAGCUGAUGGCGCGCCACUUGGCUGAGAGCUCCGCGACCGAGGAGAAUGGCGGACUGCCCAGUCUAGACGAUCUGGCGCCGACAGAAGGUCGUGGUCCGUUCGAGUCUCCACCCUCUGGACCCCAUGACACUCAGCUGCCUAGCCUCAGUGAGCUAGCUGACGCUGCGCAGAAACCCGACUGUGAUCUGGCUCUGCAGAGGCUGGUGGGCUGGCAAACGCUGGCGGCGGAGGAAGAGACCGCUCCGGCGACCGGCGCGCGCCCCAGGCCGGCCGAUCUCGCCGCCGUGGAGCGGAGUGUUGAGUGGCCGUGCAGUGAGCGACCUCCUCCGGGAGGGGAUGCCGUCGAUGGGGUAGCCGCCGUCAGCGCUGCCGAGCUCAUGAUGCACCAGUGGACUGACACGUCUCCUGCCAGUACCAGUGAGCUGCCGAGUCUCAGCGAGCUGGCCCAGACAACCACAGGAAUCGAAGACCCCUCAGGCAGUCAGCUCAGCAGCAGUGAGCUUUUACCACCGACAGAGACCCCGAGUCAGCAGACCACCUCGGAGCAGGCCGUGCCGGAUAUUGCUGAGUUGGCAAGCUCAUCGGCGGCACACGCGGAGGACAGUGACCUUGCCCUGCGGCGGCUGGUGGACUGGGCCCCUAGGUCACUUGCGGAAGACGCCGACGCGCCGAAGAGUGCUUUCGGUGUGCCGUCCGCCGGAGAAUCUGUGGCGGUAGCUGAUUGGGGUUCUCCUUGGCCACGCCUACAGCCUCCGAGAAUGGAGGAAGGGGCGACCGGUGUCCUCACUGGUGUGCUGAGCCCAGCCGAGCUGAUGGCCCGUCAGUGGGCUGAGACUGAGAAGUCUGGGGACGCCGGCCUGCCGGAACUGGAUGAGCUGACGCCCACUGUCAGUGAGAGUUCUCCUCGGCAAGUGCCGGACGUCCCCCCGGAGCGAGUGCCCAGUCUCAGUGAUCUGUCGGCUGCGCAGGUGACCGCCGACACGUCCCUGGCCCUUCAGAGGCUGGUGGACUGGACGGGGCCUGUGCACGGCGGGGACACUGCUCCGCCGUCUACCAGAGAGGCGGAGCACGCCGUGGAGCUGCGAGACGUGGCGUGGCCACCGGCCGAGCGAUCUCCGCCGGCGAAAGCUGCGACCCGGGCGGACCUGACCCCGGCCGAACUGAUGACGCGUCAGCUCGGCGUCAGUGACGCGCCGGAGUCAGAUGUCAGCGGACUACCGGAGCUAGAGGAGCUGCGACCGGAUGUGGAACCGGAGCAUCGCCCCUGCCCUGAGCGGGUUCCCAGUCUUAGCGAACUGGCGGCAGCGCAGGUGACUGAAGACACUUCUCUGGCCUUGCAGAGGCUGGUCGGCUGGGCCGCGACGCAGUCCGAGGAAGGUGUCGCAGACCCCGACGUCAGUUCUGCAGCCGGGCACACUUCUGCGCAGCACACACCCCCUCGGGCCGCUGAAAUUGACGCAGACGAGAUGGCUGCUGAUGCAGACGAUAGCCACAUUCAGCAGCCUAAGAGUUCUUAUCAGGAGAGGGUACCAACUCUCAGCGAGCUGGCAGAAGCACAAGUGACUGAAGACACUACUCUGGCGCUGCAGAAGCUGAUCGGCUGGGGGUCGCCGGAGGCAGGGUAUGAAGUGUUCCCUGUGGACGCUGAGCGCGCUGAGCCCAUCGUACAGGAGCGAGAUGUGAGCUGGCCUCGCCUGGAGAGCCCUCCGGCGCCACACGACACUGCUCCAGACGCCAUGAUGUCUCCAGCUCAGCUCAUGACGCGUGUAGUAUGUGAGGAGGUCAGUCCCAAUGACCGUGGACUGCCUACUGUCGCCGAGUUGGCCACGUCAGGGACGCUGGGGUCCAAAGAACCUGUGUCGUCAGACGAUUCGCCCGCAGCGCCAGAAGUCACACAGGAUAAAUCAGCGGUAGUGCCUCACGAAAUGACCGAUAGCCCCGCUACAGGGAAGCCUGAAGUGCGAGAAGAAUCUAAGACAAUGGCGCGGGAAGAAAGUAGUCCUCCAAGUGAAACGAAACCAAAGUCCAAGAACAAGAGGAAAAGGAAACGCGGUAAGAACGCAUCAGGGGGUCAGGCCGACAAGCCUACAACCUCGAGCACUGCUUUGGACAAAGCUAGUACUGAAACCCCAACAACUGGUGACACCGGCAGUGUCAGUGGCCAGGCCGAGACGGUAGAUGUCAACCCCGCCAUCGUUUCAGAGUCUCCAUCUGCCGCUGAAGAUCGGUUAUCUCCAUCGGACCCGGCUGACCCCGUCUACCGGGUCACGACCGAGGUGACGCGUCUGUCGCCGGGCCGCUCGCCGCCGCCAGCCGACUCUGACUCGGUUGAACACUACACGGAUGUGCAGGGCCGGCGGGUGCGUACCGAACGCACCGUCCAUACCCAGGAGGACACGGAGCCGGACGGCAGCAGCGUUCAGCGCCUGGUGACGAGGGUGGUGCGAACGGUGAGAGUGGGCGACCAGCAGAGUGAGGAGGGAGAACAGCAACUGGAGCAGCAGGAGGGAGAGGUGAUGGAUGAUGAGACAUUGCCGGGGACACUCGAGUGGCCAGAGCCUGGUCGGGAUGAUUCCAGUGGUGACCAGAGGACUGAGGUUCGGGAUGCGACGGAGCUUCCGCCGAGGGAGGAGAUUGUGGACGAUCAGCAUGUCAUCGUGUCUCCGAAGGAUGAUGUCGAGCCGAAACAGCAGGAGACCAGCGUUGCUGACGCCGACUACCCUCAGGGCCACAGUGCUGAGACCGACACGGGAGCUAAGAUGGAAGAGCUCUCUCCAGAGCAGCCUGUCAAGGAGCCUGAGGAUGUGAAGGACGUUUCUCAAGGAGAUGGACCUGAGCAAGAGCAAGCAUCGGGUGCUGAAAGUGUGAAAGAUACUUCUCUUGAAAUCAGCAGCGACUCAAAGCAUCUUGAUCCUCAAAAAGUAACAGUGGAAGACGAGGAGCAAUCACGAGCUGGUCCUGUUGUCGAGACUCCACCUGAGGUUUUGCCUGAAAAGGUACCAGCUGUCGAGGAGAUUAGUGUGAGGCCAGACGGUGACGAUGGUCCAACACCGGACGCUAAUAAUUUGACUCUUGAGCACACUCCCGACAACAGUGGCAAAAAGAAAAAGAAGAAAGGAAAGAAAAACAAGAAAUCACCAAACGCUCAGACAUUGGCUAAUCGACUACCGUCCUACGCUUCAGACGCCGCUAGUGUCACUCAAGACAAGAGGGUAACACAGAGUGGUGCUGUAGAACAACGUAACACCGGUGGUGCCUCUCUAGACUCAGUUUCAGACUCAGUUUCUGGAGAUAAGGGAUCGCCGUCAGAGGUUCCGGAUACUGGGAAUGGUAAACCUUUGGAGAAGAAAGGAAAGAAAAACAAGAAAUCACCAAACGCUCAGACAUUGGCUAAUCGACUACCGUCCUACGCUUCAGACGCCGCUAGUGUCACUCAAGACAAGAGGGUAGCACAGAGUGGACCUGUAGAACAACGUAACACCGGGGGUGCCUCUCUAGACUCAGUUUCAGACUCAGUUUCUGGAGAUAAGGGAUCGCCGUCAGAGGUUCCGGAUACUGGGAAUGGUAAACCUUUGGAGGAUGUGCCCAGGUCGGAAGUAUCAAAACCAACAUCAGUUCAGCAGCCCGAAUCCAAAACGCAUACAAAUCAGGCAUCCGGCGAUGUUUUGGAUGAUGUGAACAGUCCUCUACUACAGAAGGAAGAACCGCUACCGGAAAUGCAGAGUGUCUUAGACGACGAAGUGAAGAAUACGACCACCGAUGACACAACGCUUGAAUCUUCCGACGCAUUUUCUGCUGCUAGUGCGCCCACGGAUGAUCAGUGUGAAGAUGCACAAGCCUCUGAUUCCCGUGCUGAUGUGCCUGCACCGACCGACUCCGCUAAUGUCGCCCCAGACCACGACCGUAGUGAAGUACGCACACCGGAGCCGCAGAGGACCAUGUCGCCCCCUCCACUGCCGCCAGCCACGCCACUGAAGACCGAGAAACAGGCGCUGGAAGAGAGCGUCGAGCUGGUGGACGGAAAGCUCCUGGAAGAUCCGACCGUGGAUAUCGCGGUGGAGGAUUCAGUAGAUGAGCAAGGCCGACCGGUGAAGGUAAGGAGGAUAUUUGUCAGGUUCUUGGAGGAGGUAACCGAUGAGUUCGGGGAGACACUUCUGGUAAAGCGCACUGUGAAGUCGGCACAGAAGACAACUGAAGCAGAUGAAGCAUUGCUGGUGGAGGAUCUCGAAGAGCCCUUUCCGCACCAGACUAAGGAAGAGCUGGAGAGACAGGUGAUUGGGGAGUGUAUCCCUCGCGUGAGCGGAACGUUAUUGGAAGAUCCGCUGGUGGACAUCUCUGUUGAAGAGGACACUGAUGAGAGAGGAAGACCAGUAAUCAUCCAUCACAUCUGCAUCACCUUUAUGGAAGAGAUCGUUGACGAAUCUGAUACGAAGAUCAUUGUGAAGCGAGUCAUCCGAAAGCGUCAUAAGAUCACAGAUAUGCACGGAACAUCAAUUUUAGAAGAGGCCGAAUAUCCAGAGCAGCGGGAGGUGCUUCUCACCUCUGUGGCGGAAGCUACGGAGACGUCUGUUCUGGAAGACUCGAUGGUGACCGUGACGGGUGAGCUGACGGGCGAUCCUGAACUCUCCACGACGGUUGAAGAAACUGUCGAUGAGCUGGGACGACCCGUGCGCAUUAAGCGUGUGUAUGUGACCAUUUACGAGGACGUCCUGGACAGCACUGGUGUCAAGCGGCAUGUGAAGCGCGUUGUGAAGAAGACUCAGAAGACAACAACGGUCAACGGACGUCCUGUGACGGCCGAUAUUUACGAGCUCAUCGAAGAGCCACCGAUGGAGGAACAGGAGGAGCGCGUGCUCGAAAUGUGCCUUCCGCGCAUCGAGGGUACUUUGCUGAAGACUCCCAAAGUCGAGUCAUCUUACGAGGAGACGGUUGACAAGGACGGAAAACCUGUCACCAUCAUCCGUUUUUGUGUGACUGUGAUCGAGGAGUUGGUUAACGAGCACGGCAUCACCACCAUCUACCGGCGCCGGAUCAAGAAGAUUCGCCGUGUGACGGAGCUGGACGGCAGCUCUGUGGUGGAGGAGUGUGACGAGCCUGACGAGGUGACCGAGCUGGCCACCACGGUGCCCGAACUCACCACGCAGGAGGCCGUCGCCGAGUGUUUGCCGCUGCUGCGUACCCAGCCGCUGGUGGAGCCGCAGGUCGAAGUGGACGUGCUGGAAGGCAUUGACGACCGCGGUGCGCCGGUUACCACCCGGCGACUUCACAUCUCGCUGCUGGAGGAGACGGUGGACGACCAGGGUGUGCCCAGACUCGUCCGGCUGGUGGUGAAGAAGACCCAGCGGACGCGCGAGGUGGACGGUAUCCGGGUUACUGAGAACGUCAUGGAGCCAAUCUUGGAUCCGCCGCAGGAGGAACUCGAAGAGGAGGCCAUCCAGCAGUUGUUCCCCGCUGUCUGUGCGGACGAUCUGGGCCGACCGACGUCGGAGACCCGCCGGAUGGAGGUGUUGAGCAGGGUGGACUCUCCAGCCGCUCUCAACACCCUCACCAUCACGGGUCUACAACGUGAUCUAGACGACCAGGGCACUGCCAACCUCGUGAAACGUACCAUCAUAAAGCACAGACUGGCAUACCGGUUUGACGAUAAAACUGUCGUCGAGGAGUGCGACGGACCGGAACAGUAUGAAGUUCUCCCGGAAAGUGGCAAAGACCAGGUUCAGGCGGUGGAAAGCCAACCUGUGACCAGUGCUGUCCCUCUAGAGACGCCUGCUGCUCAGAGUCCGUCUGACGCCGGGCCGGAAGAGAAAGCAGCCGCUGAUGAGCAGCUGCCGGCUGUGGAGGCGGGCGGUAGGCUGGUGAAGCAGGUCCUGGAAGCAGCCCAGAACAUCGUGAAAGUGGAGGAGCAGAGACAGCGGGAUCGGCCGGAGGAGACCACACGACAGACGGAGCAGACGUCCGUACCAGACGACCUCGCUGUGAGCAGUCCGGAAAAAGCUGAAGAUGCUCGUGCACAGUCUGUGGAUGCUGAUGGCUCCCCAAAAGAAAAGGAUGAUUCCAACUUACCGCCAAACGAAGAGACCCCAAUAGAGAGUGAACAGAAAGAAGACGCCCAGCUGCAAAGUGGUCAGGAUCCUGGAAGAGUGUCUUUGGAUUCAGACGUUGUAAGGGAAGCUGAAGCCACUUCAGUGGGCAUCCAAGAGGAUUCAUUGAACGCAGCAGAAGCAGUGAAGCAGGAAACCUCAUGGAACACUGAGGAGACGCGUUCGCAGUCACCUGAAGUGCCACUGGAGACGCAUGAAGCCGUUUCUAAGACUGACCUAGACUCAGAAACGAUUGAACGAACUCCAUCGCCUCCCGGCGAGACUGAUGACACUGUGGCGGCGGCCGUUGCGCCACCAGAACCGUUACCCUCUGCAGAGGAGCUGCGAGACGCCGCUGUCGGUGAGUGUCUGUCACAGCUGGAAGGCACGCUGCUGUCGGAGCCGGAGGUGCGCGUCCAUCCUAGCCAGGUGGUGGACGAGGCCGCCGGUCCGGUGACUGUGUACAGGAUCGUCGUCACGGCGCGCGAAGAGAUUCCUGUGGAGGAAGCCGGUCGGGCGAUCACAGAGACCGUGUUCACUAAGAUCGCGCGCGUAGUGCCGGCGGACGGCCGCUGGACUGUCGAGGAGUACACCGAGCCGAUGCGGACGGUGACACUGGCCGUGUCGGUGCCGGAGCUGACUGAGCAGCAGCUGCUGGGGGAGGCGCUGCCGCUGGCCCGCGGUCGGCUGGUGAGCGACCCCGUCACAGACACGCAGGUGACAGAGACUCGCGGUCCUGACGGCACUCCGGUGACCCUGCGGACAGUGAGUGUCACCACGGAGGAGAUGCUGCCGCGCGCUGACGCCGCCGAGGUGCCGCUGAGACGCUCGGUGAGGAGGUGUCAGCGCGUGGGGGAGGUGUUCGGCCGGCCGGUGGUGACUGGUGUGACUGACAGUGAGCUGAGCGGGACUCUGAGCGCCACCGAGCCGCUGCCACUUCCGCUGGAGGGUGUGAUGCUCGGAGAACCCAGCGUCACCAGUGCCGUGGAGCAGGACCGGGACGAGAGCGGCAGGCCGGUGACGACCAACACUGAGACGGUGACAGUGCUGGAGCAGAUAACAGACGCGGCUGCCGCCGUCACAGUCUACGAGCGCGUGUUCGUCAGGAUGCUGCGCUCGUAUGUGAUCGACGGGAUGUUUGUCACCGAGGAUACCGUGGAGCCGGUGUCGCGGCGCGUGCUGUCCACCUCUGUCCCAGAGAUCACGCGAGAGACUGCCUUCGAGGACGCGCUGGCGUCCGUGUCGGGCGCUCUGUGCAGCCAGCCGUCGGUGUCCGUCUCUGACAGUGAGGAACUGGUGGACGGGGUGACGGUGACGGUCCGCCGCACCACAGUGACGCUGACGGAGAGUGUGACGGACGCGGCCGGCGUGCCCCGCGAGGUGAGCCGGUCGGCGACGCGCUGCCAGCGGCUGGUGCCGGCGCGCGGCGGCCGGGUGGUACAGACGGUCCGACCGCUGCCCGGCCCGCAGCCCUCCGACGCCGAGCUCGAGGAGGCCGCGGCGGCCAUGUGUCGCGCGGCGGCGCGCGGGCUCGUCGUCGACACUCUCAGCUCGGAGACGAUGGGUGACGAGGUGAGGGCCGACACCGACCGGCCGUCGCUCAGCCGGCGCGCCUGCGUCCAGCUGCUGGAGAGGAGGCCCGACGGCGGACAGGUGCGCUGGACGGCCGCCAUCCUGCGGCGGAUGGUCGCCACUGAAGACCGACUGGUGGUGGAGGUUUGGCCAGAGGGACCGACGGCCGUGCUCCUCCCGCCGCCGACCGCCCCCGCCCCCGCCCCCGCUCAGCCGGACUCAGUGCAGGGAGCCGCAGCACCGGCCCCAGUCACCGACACAGCGGGCAAGAAGAAAAAGAAGAAACCGAAGAAGACCAAGAAACUGGUGCAAAUUGAACAGCCUGCAGCUUCGAUCGAUUCAACCACCAACGAAGGAGAUCCGAAAGAAACACUUUCUCUUGAGCAGCUACCAGACUCUCAGUCAGCGGCGUCGCCAGCUCCAGAACCUUCAACCGAGCCCAGCGGUGACGCUACCCCUGCAAGGCAGCAGCAGAGAGAGGCGGUCCCGACGGCGCCUGCCACGCCGACCGACGAGGUGCUGCUGCCGGAGCUGGACGGCCGUGUGGCGGCGGCGCUGGCGGAGCUGCGCGCCGGCGCCCUGGAGGAGCCCGAGCUGCGCUGGGAGCACGUGGAGGGCGCGCGCGGCCCGCUGCGCCGCGCGGAGCUGACCGCCUAUGUGCGCACCGAGGAUCGGUUCGGCCGGCCGGUGGUGGUUCGGCGGCGUGUGGAGCUGACUGCACCGCUGAGCGGCCGGGCGGAGUCUCCGCCGCGCAGUGACCACCAGGAGCUGCUGGGCGCGGUGGUGCAGCGGCCGGCGGACGACAGUCACUUCGUGUCGCUGUCGGCGCACCUGAUCGAGGGCGCGCUGACGGCUCCUGUGCAGGUGGAGAGCCGCACGGAGACGGAGCCGGGCGCCGACGGCCGGCCGGUGACGGUGACCCAUGUGCUGGUGACGCAGCUAGAGAUGGCGCCGGCGCCGGGCGGCUGGCGGCCGCGCCGGCGCACCGUGCCCGUCACACGGCGCACCUGUCUGGUGGGCGGGCUGACCGUACUGCUGCAGGAGACGGUCGGGGAGCCGACGCUGACCUGGCUCGACGGACCCGACCCGGCUGGAGGCGACCAGCCGGCUGGAGGCGACCAGCCGGCGACCGGCGCCGACCAGACACCACCCUCCGCUGAACCGGCAACUGUGGACGGAGCAGGUGACACGGCAGACAGCGAGUCGAGACAGGAGGCAGCUCUGGAACCACCAGGGAAAUCAAUAACGGAACAGAAAGAGACCCAGGAGAGUUCAACACAGAAAAUCGUACAAGAUUCUGUGCCUUCUUCUACUGACGACGUUGAGCCUAUUUCCACGCUGCCGGAGUUUGACGAGCCGACUGGACUGCGUCCUGAGAUCCCAUCCAGCACUCCGUAUAAGCAGCGCGGAUCCUCUCUGCAAGACUCAUCGCAGAUCUACUCACCAGACGAGAACCCCGACCCGACGCGGACUCCUGCCGGGUCGCCGAUCAAACCGACCGUUCUCCUGGUCAACGACAGUGUGCUGGUGAGCGCGGCGCCGCCGGACGACUCGAUGGCGGGCCGCUCGGACGGCUCCCAGACGGAGGACAGCCUGCUGGACGGACCCGUCUCGACGGAGGAGGACGAGGAGACGGAGCCGGCGCUGGUGCUGCCGCCGCUGCCCGAGCUGGGGUCGCUGCCGGCGGCCGAACGCGACGUCCUGCUACCGCUGGUGACGGCCUACGGGGCACUGGGUCGGCCGGCGGGUGUGGCGCCGCCGCCGCUGCUGCCGGCGUCCACCACGGACGGCGGCGAGGCGCGUGUGCGCCGGCUGACGGCGCCGCUGCUCGAGGGCGCCAGCUGGCCCGAGCGGCGCUCCGACUGGAGCCGCGCGCUGCUCUGGCUGAUGGCGCGCGUCGACCACCUGUUGGCCACGCCGGCCGCCAGCGACGACCGACUCCUGGAGGAGCUGGCGGAGCUGGCGGCCAUGGAGCAGGCGCUGCAGCCGCUGCCGGCGCGGCUGGACCAGCUGCGCGACCUGCCCGAGGACAGCGGCCGGCUGCUGCGCGCGCUGGUCGCCCACCUGGCGUCCGCAGUGCGACACACGCGGGACCUGGUGGCCGCCCGGCGCCGCAGUCUGGACCGGCACGGAGCCGACCGGCGCCAGCUGGAGGCCGGCCUGGCCGACAGCCGCCGGCAGCUGGCGCAGCUGCAGAGCUGGCUGACCACCGUGUCGGCCGACCAGGACCCGGCGGCGCGCGAGCAGCAGCUGACGGAGGCGCGUGUCCGGCUGCGCGGUCAGCAGCGCCAGUUCUGGUGUCAGUACCUGCUGGCGCAGCGGCUGGCCGGCCCCGAGGGGGAGCGGCUGCCUGAGGCGCUGCUGCCGCUGCAGGCGCUGCUACACGACACGCAGGCGGCGCUGGAGGCGGCGCCGGCCGCGCUGCACCACUCGCCGCCGCCCAGCGGGCCGCCGGCCGGCCUGGCGCGCCUGCCGACCGCCGAGCGGCCACUCCGCGUCGACUCUCUGCCGGAGCUGCGUGAGCUGGUGCCGCUGUACCGGCAGCUGUCGACCCAGCUGGGCCAGGCGGAGCCGGCCGCGGCGCCGCACCGCGCUCUGCUGGCGCGCCUCAGCGCGGCGCUGCUGCUCUGGAAGGAGGCCGACCUGCGGCUGGACGAGCUGGAGGCGGAGCGCGCGCUGGGCAGCGCCCUGCUGGCCACCUACCUGGGCGACGAGGUCAACACGGACGACCCGGAGCUGCUGACCAGACUUGAGGAGAUGCACCGGGAGGCGGCAGCCGGCUGCGACCAGCUGGCCGACCUACAGCUGCUGGUGACGCGGCUGCAGCAGCUGGUCACUGCCGACGGCGCCCAGCUGAAGCUGGCCCGGCUGCGGCCGCAGCUGGUGCAGCUGCGCGACCGGCUGCAGUCAGCCGUCAGCCGGCUGCUCGACUGCCAGCGCCAUCUGUCCGAGGCGCGGGGACACUGCGACCAGGUGGACGGCUGGCUGAGACGGACCGAGGGACGCCGAAAUGAGGGGCCGCUCACCGAACAGGAGAUGGAGACUGUACUGGAGCAGGUAGACAUCAUGGAGUACCGCUGCGCGGCGGCCGGUGCCGGACUGGACGCUGCGCUCGCCCUGCUGCCGGCCGCCGCCGAGCCGUCGCUGCGCGCGAGACUAGCCGUCACCGAGCGGCGUCUGCGCGAGCUGGCGGCGGCUCUGCGCGGCGCAGACGGCUCGGAUCUGGCGCGGCUGGAGCGGCGCGCCGAGGCGCUGCUGCAGGCGGCCGCCGAGGGCGAGCUGGCGCCGGCCGUGGGGGCGCUGCAGCGGCUGCUGACCCGGGUCACCGACCUGGAGCGGGCCGGCAGGGAGGCCGAGCCGCCGGUCGACACGGUCGAGUGGCGGCUGGCGGCGGCCGAGAGUGCCGAGCGCGCCGGCCAGCUGCGGCGCCGGCUGACCGCGCGGCUCGCCGAGCUGGUGCCGCUGCGCAGCCGACUGGAGGCGCUGGCCGCGGACACGGCCGCCGCCGCCGCCCGGCUGGCAGCGCUGCAGAGACUGCACCGGCCGGCCGGAGCCGCCCUGCGCGCCGAGCUGGACGCGCUGACAGCAGCGGCCGCGCGGCUGGCCCACCAGUGGCCCGGUGUAGCCGCAGUGACGGCUGCAGCAGCGGAGGUUGCCGCGCUCCAGCCCCUGCGUGACGACCUGCGGCCGCUGACAGACCCGUGCCGCCCCUCGGAGGGGCUGUCUGACCAGCUAGACGACCUGACUGAGUUUGUACAGCGCGUGGAGGCCGAGUGGGCGACCGGCCAGCGCUGUGGCGACUGUGACACGGAACUGGAGCUGCAGAAGGCCGCGGAGCAAACACUGGAGUCGUCUGAGGGCCUGCUGUCUCUGCCGGUGCCGCUGCCCGUGUCUGGCGGGGCCGGCUCGGCGCUACUGCCGCCGCUGGCCGACCGGUGCCUGCAGCUGCGUGGCGAGGCGGGCACUGCGCUCUCCACCGCCGCCGAGCAGUGCCGAGCAGCGGCUGCCGACUGGAGACGUCUCACCGAGCGCCUGGACUCGCUGGACACCUGGCUGGACGGCCUGCCGGCAACUGCUGAGCGCCACCAGGACUGGACUGAGGCCGAGCACCAGGCGCUGCUGGGUCAGCUGACCAGCGGGCAGCAGGAGGUGGCCGACUGUGCCGAGCGGCUGGACGCCGUUGUCAGCUGCGCGCGGGUGUCGGCGGCCGCGUGCCGCGCCCUCUCGGCCCGGCUGGCCGCCGCCGGCCGCCGGCUCGACUGGCUCGACGGAGAGCUGCGCCGACAUCGGGAGCUGGCACAGCGCCGGCGCAGGCUGCGGCCGCGACUGGACGGCUGCCGGCGGCGGCUGCAGCUGGCCGAGCAGGCCCGCCAGCUGCGCCAGCUGCCCGAGCUGACGCGGCAGCUGGCGGCGGCAGCUGAGCUCGGCCAGGAGCUGCACCAGCUGUGCGGCACGGCGGUCGGCCCGGAGGGCGACACGGAGCCCGCUGAGCUACUGCAGGACUGGGAACUGGCGAUGGCCGCUCUGGUGCGUCACUACCGCUGCGUGCUGUCGGAGGCGCUGGCUGGUGACGCUGGUGACGAGCUGGCCGAGGUCCAGCACCACCUGCUGGUGUCGGUGCCGCAGCCCGGGGCUGAGCCGCUACCCGCGGACGGAGUGGUGCAGCAGGCUCUCAAGGCACAGGUCGCGGACGCCAUUCUGGGUCUGCACCGCGAUCAGCUGGCCGACGAACUGUCGGCUCCGCAGCUGUCGCCGGCCGCGCGCCAGCAGCUGUCCGCCCAGCUGGCGGCUGUGCUGCGGCAGCUGGCGCAGCUGCGCGCCGGCCGUGAGCGCGCGGCUCCCUGGGCCGCCUACACGGCCCUCCUGAGCCGGCACCUGGUGUGGCUGCGGCGCGCCGACGCGGACAAACUGCGUCUGGAGGCGGUGCCGCUGCCGCCCGGCCAGCUGCCGGCGCGCCGCUCUCAGCUGGCCGCUCUGAGUCGGCGGCUGGCGCGCGGCCGCCGGCGGCUCGCCGAGCUGCGCAGACUGGCAGCCGAAGCGGCCGGCGCGGCGGGCGGCCGUCCGCCGGCGCCGCUGGCCGCCCUGGAGCGGCGCCAGGCCAACCUGUCUGCCGGCGUGGCCACCUGGGCCAACUAUGUGUCCUACGUGUCCGAGUUCUGGCGGCGGCGCGGAGAGGUGGUGGCCGGCGUGCGCGACGCACUGGCGGCGGCAGAAGCCGAGUCGGCGCCGCCUCUCGAGCCGCAGCAGCUCGACCGUCUGGAGCGGGAGCUGGAGAAGGCGGAGCGGCUGUGGCGGCCCGUGCAGCAGCUGGUCAGCGCUGAGGCCGGUCGCGAGGCCGCCGAUGAGCUGGCCGAGCUGCGGCUGCGACUGCUGGUGCUGCGCCUGCUGCGGCGGCUGGGCGGUGAUGCAGUGGAGACCGCCGACCCGGCAGCCGAGUUGGGCAGGAUACGGACGGAGCUGCUGGAGUGGCAGCGGCAGCAGCUGGUCAGCAGGGAGCGCUCCCUUCCGGCGCUGCUGGCGCGGAUCGACACCGAGCUGCCGGCUGAGCUGGCGCAGCUCACCGGCGAGCUGCCGCAGCCCGGCGACGAGCCGGGACGGCCCGACAGCGACACGGAGCCAGAGCGGCAGCGGCGAGCCCGCCUGGUCAAACUGCGCUCACUGCUGGAGACGGUGACUGAUUUUGAGCGCCAAAGACCGGAGCUAGAGACGCUUCUGUCUGAUAUUGAGACAGCGCUGGACCAGCCGCUGGCGUUUGAUGACGCGGACGAGGAGACCCACCGCGCCGCCGUCCGUGACACCGAAGCGGCGGUGCGCGCCGUGCGGGACGCCAGCCGGCCGGUGGCCGCCGUCACCGGCCUCUGUGACCUGCUCACCGGAGACGCGGACGCGCCGGACGUACGGGAGCUGCGCGCCGUCACAGACGCCGGCGAACAGCUGCAGGACAGGUGGGGCCGCGUCUGCGAGCGGUCGGCCGCCCGCCCGGCGCAGCUGGCCGCCAGCUGGUCAGCCGUACAGCAGCUGGCCGAGGAUGCCGACCAGCUGCAGACGCAGCUGGACGAGGCCGAGCAGCUGGCGGCUGUCUGGCCGCCGUCCAGCCGGCCCAUACCGCGGCCCCGACUGCCUGACGAGCGGGACCGGGCGUGUGCGGCCGCCGCCCGCCUGGAGCCGCUGGCCGAGCCGGCCGGCCGGCUGCGCGCGCGGCUCGACGCCGCCCUGCUGGAGGGCCACCUGAGGCCGGGCGGCGCGCUGGCUGGCCGGCUGGCCGCCCUGCUCGGCCGCUGGGAGGCGGCGCGCCGGCAGGCGGAGGCGACCCGCGCGGCGGCGCAGCGACUGGCCGAGGUGCACGAUCUUCAGGAGGACAGCUGGCGCCGGCUGGAGCGCAGAGCUGAGCGGCUGCUGCGGCGGACCGAGCAGCUGCAGCAGCUGCCCGACGGACAGACCGCGCUGAAGGAGCUGGUUAGCGAGUCGGCCGAGCUGUCUGCCCAGCUGACCCAGGUGACCGAGUCCACUGAGCGACUGCUGGCCGACCGGUGUCCGCGCGAGGCGGAGCUGUACGAUCUGUCGCCGCCGGCCGCCUGCCUGCAGAUCCCGGCCGCCCUGCAGCACUUAGAGCGGCUCUGGACACCGACUGAUGAACAGGUCACUGAUGAGGUCUCCGCUGCCCCGGUACCUGACGACUCUCAGCAGCCGACCGCCGGGGAGCGGCUGCCGGCCGGUCGCUCUGACGCUGAGGACGCGCCGGACGCCGGCCCUGCCCGUCCAGAGAGCCCGUCGGACGCCGGCUCGGCCCGCUCCGCCAGUCCGACGGACACCGGUCAGGUGGCUGCCGCGCUCCGGGAGGCAGAGGCUGGCCGCGCGGCGCUGACAGAGCUGCUGGCCGCGGCCGACCCGGCGCCCGCGCAGCUGGCCCAGACGCUGGGAGCGUGCGCCGGCGCCGCCGACCUGCUGGGUGUGCUGCUGGGACGGGAGGGAGAGGGUGACGGUGACUGGCGGCCGCGCGCCGCAGAGCUGUGCCGGCAGCUCUCUGAGCUGCAGCAGCGCGCCGCCGGCCGGCUCCACGGCCCCGGGGAGCAGCGGCUGCAGUGGGAGCUGGCCGCCUGGCGGCUGGAGCAGUGGCUGCAGCACACCGAACACAAGCUGGACGGCCUGCCGCCGGUGGAGCGGCCCGACCUCUGGGACGACACGCAGAGCCGCCGGUUCAGGAGGCUGGGCGUGGAGCUGGAGUCGCACACGGACCUGAUGGUCAGCGUGUCGCUGACGGGCGGGCGGCUGGCGGCGGCGGCGGGCCGCCCGGACGGCGCCCAGCUGAAGUCCCGUCUGGCCGCGCUGCAGAGCCGCUGGGACGCCGUCAGUGGCCGGCUGGUGGAGCUGCAGCGGCGCCGACCCGCCCCGGCCCCCGCCGCCGCCGGCGGUGACACCGCUGAUACGACUGACGACCAGGCGGUGGGCGGCCGUCCGAGCGCCCUGGGCCGCCUGCUGCUGUCUCUGCGGCGCGGCCUGCGCGCCUCGCUGCCCUUCCAGGCGCUGCUGCUUCUGGCGCUGGCGGCUCUGGCGCUCUACCCGGCCUGCGAGCCCGGCUCCGAAUGCGACGCCGCCGCCAACAACUUCGCCUCCAGCCUGGAGACGAUGCUGAUCUACCCGAACGGCGCCCCACCCGUGUGAUGGCGGACCGGCGCGGGGCGCCCCCGAUGCGCGCCCACUAGUCCGCACUGCCUAUACGCUUGGCUCGUGAGCAAUACCGCCGCCCGAGCCGCACCGCUUGGGGAGCGAUUGUGAUUGGUUGUUUGUGUUUUUAGUUGCGCCGACACAGUAGUGACGUUUUUAGGUUGUCGCGUUUUUAGAUGUGACUGAGCGCAGCUGAGCCGUUGGACGCGCACGGUCGCUGCUGAGUGAUACGGACGCCGCGACGGAGCCUUGUACGCCUGCUGGUGAGCAGCGGGGCCGCGGACGCCCUGUUCUCGAUUAUUUACGGGUGCAGUUUUCUCCGAUGAAGCUGACGACGGCGCUGUGAUGGCGACUAGGGUCGCGGUGAAGUGAUUGUUGUGGUAUGUCACGAUCGUUCGUUAAUACAUACUUGUAUUACAAACUUC